UAAAACUUGUAGAAGAAGAAGUCUGUCAUGUGACACGCUUGUGAGAAUGUAACUGUUGUCAGUGAAAUCUCAAAACGACCUGGAGUUUCCACACGAUUAACUAUCAUGGCCGAGGAUUUGAAGAGGUAUUUGUACAAACAGCUGCAGAGUGUUGAAGGUCUUCAUGCUAUAGUUGUGACAGACAGGGAUGGUGUCCCAGUUAUUAAAGUUGCCAAUGACAAUGCCCCUGUCCAUGCACUUAGACCGGGCUUCUUGUCCACUUUUGCCCUGGCCACAGAUCAGGGAAGCAAGCUGGGUCUGUCAAAGAACAAGAGCAUUAUCUGCUACUACAACACCUACCAGAUUGUGCAGUUCAAUCGAUUACCACUGGUCAUCAGUUUCAUUGCUAGUAGCAACGCCAACACGGGUAUCAUCAUGAGUCUGGAGAAGGAGCUGGCUCCACUAAUUGAGGAGCUGAGGCAGGUGGUGGAGGUGACAUAAGCACAGAAAGAAUGAACAAUCAUGUUCAAGAUCAUCUAAAGUUAAAUUCAUGGCUUUGGAGUUCAAAGUAAUGGCUUUAUGUUUCCUGUAGAAUAGAGAUGCUGUUCAUCAGUAUGUUCACAUGUAAGAGAGUGUAUAUGUUUAAGUUUGAGUAAAUAUUAAAUUUGAUCAUGUAAGUA